AUGGAUAUUCACUGCAAAGCAGACCCCUUCUCGGCGAUGCACCUAUCCCAUGCAGGGCAUGGCGGUGUGAACCAGCUAGGCGGGGUGUUUGUGAACGGCAGACUACCUGACGUGGUGAGGCAGAGGAUCGUGGAGCUGGCUCACCAGGGGGUCAGGCCGUGUGACAUCUCUCGACAGCUACGGGUCAGCCACGGCUGCGUCAGCAAAAUCCUGGGCAGCUAUCAGGAGGACAUGUGUAGGUACUAUGAAACCGGAAGUAUUAAACCCGGGGUUAUUGGUGGCUCCAAACCAAAGGUCGCGACUCCGAAAGUAGUGGAUAAAAUUGCAGAGUAUAAACGCCAGAACCCCACCAUGUUCGCUUGGGAGAUACGGGACCGUCUCCUGGCUGAAGGUGUCUGCGACAACGACACCGUCCCCAGCGUUUCGUCCAUCAACAGAUCGAGGCCCGCGUGGGACUCGGCGGAUGGAGCGAAACAUGGGAGUCGGAACUGCGGAGCGGUGCACAGCGGGGCCAACGCAGUUCUCUGGAGUGGCAACCACUUGGAUGGGAGGAAUAUAGGACAUUAUGGCUCUGAUGGCUCGGGCCCAGGGAGUGACUCUCAGGGCAGUGUGGAGAGUUUAAGGAAGCACCUGCGAGCAGAUGCCUUCACCCAGCAGCAGCUGGAGGCCCUGGACCGCGUGUUCGAGCGUCCCUCUUACCCGGACGUCUUCCCCACCACAGAACACGUCAAACCCGAGCAGGCGAAUGAGUACUCGCUCCCAUCCAUGAAUGCAGGCCUGGACGAGGUGAAGCCUAGCCUGUCCACGAGUGCCAGCUCCGACCUGGCCUCCAGUGUCUCCCAGAGCUACUCUGUCGUGACAGACUCCCACCCAUCCCACCUGCCUUCCAUGUGUGUAAAGCGAGAGCCCCAUGAGGCGUCCUUUGCCCCCUUCACCCCUUCUUCUCUUGGGGACUCUGCUCUAGCUGACAUCUUGCCCCACCAGUCCAGCCUCUCAGUAGAUGCCUCCACUCCCAGCUACCCUGUCCAUGCCCAUGGCCCCUGCUACAGCCAGUAUGCCAGCCAGCCCUUUAUAGCAGGUCGAGACAUGGCCAGCACGACCUUACCUGGCUACCCUCCUCAUGUCCCUCCUACAGGGCAGGGCAGCUACCCCACCUCCACACUCGCUGGAAUGGUUCCUGGAGGGGACUUUUCCGGAAACCCUUAUUCUCACCCACAGUAUACCACCUAUAAUGAAGCGUGGCGGUUCAGCAAUCCAGCGUUACUAAUGCCGCAUCCCGUGGCUCCGCACCUCCCACUGCUGCCACUGCCUACGACCGUCACUAGUUACCACGGAGACCGGCUCAAACUGCAGGGCCAAGGCCUCGGCCUCCAUAUUGUCCCCGUCUGA